GUGUGUGUGUGUGUGUGUGUGUGUGUGUGCAUGCGUGUGUGCGUGCGCAUGUUUGUCAGGGGGUGGGUGCAUUAGUGUGUCAGGCAGCAAAGAGUGCUGCGGAACGAUCUCGGAAUCUGAGCCAAAGCAGGGUGAGAGUGGGAGAAAGAGGAUGACCAAGACUGAGAUGCACUGAGCAGUAAAAGAACCAAAGAGAGAUGACAAAAAUAAUUUGUAGCAAACGGGGCGCAGGAGGACAACAAUAGAACGAUUUAAAAAUCAAAGGGUCAUCCAGCAAACACUCUAUCAAGAGCCACUUCCUGAAAUGUGACAAGACUGCUUCCACCCUUUGUAUGAGAUCAAGAGCAACAGGACAGACACCUCCAAGUUGGACAAUCACCGUGGACCUCCAGAAGCAACAUCGCCAUUUGUUCAUGAUUCCAUUUGGUUCACUGGGCAUGCUUGCUCUCUUGUCAAUAUGUGUGGGAGCGUUGCUCUCCUGUGAGGCAUCUUCAGACUGCACACAACCUCCCUGCAGGGACAAUCUGGUGGCGGCACCCAUCCCAUCUGAUACUGGAAUGGGGACCGGCGCAUGUGAGGGUCAACGGGUCUGCAGGAAGGGAGUCUUGCUUCGGGCCAUCUCCGAUGACCCUUGGAAGUUGGAGAACAGGCCGGACUUCCCUCAGGUUCAGCCGCAGGACAAAGGUGUGAAGGAACGACUGGUUCAGCUGCAGCGCUGCAUGCUGUCUGUCCAGGAAACAGGGGGCGCUUGGAUUGGCCAGGACAGCGACUCUCUGGGGGCCAUCCUGGCGCUAAUGGCAGCCGUGCUGACAGAGUGUGACCUCCACUGUCACAGCCGAGCCCUCGGGGCCAUGGCUAAACGACUGGAAGCUGCAGCCGUGGGAAGAGAGAAGGAGAAAGACUUGCUUCUUUUCCUGAAGAGCAUUACACAUCAUCCUCCGACAGUCGCGCCUUUGGAAAGGUUGCAUCCUCAGGACUGUGUAGAGAUUUCCAGACGGGGGAUCAAAGAGAACGGUAUCUACACCAUUCAGCCUGACCCGCGCAGACCAGUACUGGAGGCUAAAUGUGACAUGGUGACGACGGGAGGCGGGUGGACGGUGAUCCAGAAUCGUCAGGACGGCUCAGUGGACUUCAACAGGACAUGGCAGGAAUACCGGGAAGGCUUUGGCAAUCCGCAAGGGGAACACUGGCUGGGCAACGCGGCACUGCACACGCUCACGUCUACCGGCCAACACCAGCUUCGUAUAGAGCUGGAGGACUGGCACCAGCAGAGUCGCCACGCCACCUACAACAACUUCAAAGUAGCCGCAGAGGCGCAGAGGUACCGCCUGACAUCCCGUGAAUAUUCUGGCGAUGCAGGCAACGCAUUGAGCUACAGCAAACGUUACAACCACGACGGCAGAUUUUUCAGCACCACUGACAGAGAUCACGACCGCUAUGCUGCCGGACACUGUGGUCACUACUAUGGUGCGGGCUGGUGGUUUGAUGCCUGCCUGGCCGCCAACUUGAACGGGCGCUAUUACUGGGGCCGCUACAGCGGUGUGACGAACGGUAUCUACUGGGGGACGUGGUACAUCCUGACUGAUGGGCGAAGUGGCGAACGGUACUCCUUCAAGAAAGUAGAGAUGAAGAUGAGACCACGGAACUUUGCGGGUUCAUCAUAAAGUUGGGGGGGGGGAAUUGGUCACGCUCAAAAUGAGCUGCACAGUGGAAACAAAAAUUGCAUUGACAAUUGUUUGCGAGUUGCAUUUUAACCCUUUCAGGGAUAGCGGUUACUACAGUGGACGGCU